AUGGCUACCCCACCGGACAGUCCCAUCGAGGAGGUUGUGUAUGAGCUAGAGCCCGCCCGGGCACCGAAGCCGAUUCCGGUUGCCCUCGAGGACCUCUGCCGGUUGACGAAGUUCACCCGCCAGGAGAUCCGGGUGAUGUAUCGGGGCUUCAAAACGGAGUGCCCGGAUGGGGUCGUCCACGAGGAUAGCUUCAAGGAUAUCUACGCGAAGUUCUUCCCGCACGGAAAUUCCAGCCUUUAUGCACACUAUGUGUUCAAAGCGUUCGAUGUCAACUGCAACGGCAACAUAACCUUCCGGGAUCUGCUAGUCACACUCUCAACUCUAUUGCGCGGUUCAGUCUACGAAAGGUUGCGGUGGACAUUCCGGUUGUACGACAUCAACGGCGAUGGGUGCAUCAGUCGAGGCGAACUCGGCGAAAUCAUAACUGCCGUACACGAGCUAAUGGGCCGUCGACCACAUCAACCGGACGACGAUAGGAAAGCACGGGAACAGGUUGAUCGGGUAUUUGCGAAGCUGGACCUCAACCAGGAUGGGAUCAUCACGAUCGAAGAGUUCCUGGAGGCGUGUCUCAAGGAUGAGGUCGUCACGCGGUCGCUGCAGAUGUUCGACUGCCUUUGA